AUGACAACUCAGCAAGUCUCAUCAGCUUUCAAAAAAAAACAUUUUAAACAUAGUUUAAGUACUAUUAAAAAUCGAUUUUUACGGGCAGCCAAAUCAGUCACUCGAACUACAAAGCUGGUUCGUAAAACAGAGUUAGAAUUGCCGUCGGCGCAGUCAGGUGUUAUCGUUUUUGCUGCUUCUUUUCGAAGCUGUGUUUUUUGGCCCGGUACGGAUGAGCACAUGGAGCAGAUAUGCCGAAGUUUCUUCCGAUGCGCAGCUGCCCAGAGGUUACCCAAUUGA